AUGGACCGUCCCAUGUCUGAUCUCUGGGACUCUCCUACGGCGGAAGAGGAGCAGCGCGUACAUGACCAUGAAGGCCUGAACGGAUCGGGGUACUCAAGGAAACGGUUUGCUGCCGCCGAGGACCAGCCACCGAAAAGUGUCAAGAGCCCCCGGACCGAAGUCACUUACCAACCUCUCGAGGAGCAUGUGGGCCGACAUGAAGACGUUUCAAGACCGCACAGCUCGUCCAAGAAGUACAGUGAAGCUCCAACACCUGACUCAGAAGUCUUGAUCGACGUGGCAGACGAAUCGACAUACGAGCAAUAUCAGUCCGUCAUGUCUGGCGUAGCCACGGCACCCUCACAGCUCGAAGACUCACGGUCAACGGUGCCAGAUCCCUACGACUUUUCUGCGCUUCUCCGAGACAACGCAAGGCUACAGGCUGAAAAUUCUGAGCUUCGAGAACGAGCCAGUGCGACGGAUGGGCCUCUGCCAUAUCCCGUCCUUUACCGCAUCAAAUGUGUUGAAGACGAUACUGUGUACACCUUCCGAGACUCCCCGAUCAUCAUUGAAGACGGAACGUAUAACCAUCAGCACGUCCAAUCGCUUCGACGAGUGCCCAAUGAGAUCGCCUGGGAAGAAUCGCAAAUCGAUGUACCAUUCGUGGUAUACAAGUCGUAUGCGUGCGGCAAGCAUGUGGCAAGGCUUAAGGGACCCGUUCCCAAAGCCAGCCACGAGGAGGUCCAUGUUCUGGAUGAGAAGUUGCAGCAUACUCUUCAAAGCCUGUUCAAGUCGAACACAGGGCUUGAAAUCUACCACAAUUCCGGCGUCUUUGCUAACAACCGACUUGCGGAGCCCCAUGUCUGGAUGGAUCACUUUGAAAACGACAUCGGUGCUUUCUUGAGAAGCUGUGCUCAAGAUCGAGCUCUACCCUUAAGGCAACUCUUGAAUUAUCUCGAGAGUCAAUCGCUCGAUAUGCGCCGCAAGGCAGCAGAUCAUUUCGCCCAGGGACUUGUGACCUCCGACCUCAUGCCAUACCUCUUCAAGCCAAACGAUCUCCUGUUGGGCAUUCGAGCACCGAGAGAGAUGCGUUUUGGGAACUUCAAGGGACUACGCUGGUAUUUGACGGGGAAUUUCACAGCAAAGAACUGGACUUCAGGCCGAAAGUUCCUAGAAGGCCCAAAUCCCCUGCGAGGAUCGACGGUCUUGCGGCGGUUCCAUUGGUGUCGUUCGCAGCAGUACGUCACCUGUGCAACAAGCCAUGGCGAGACAGAAAGAGAAUUGGCUGAGGUUCGAUACAUGGUCGAUGUCAAGGCAUACUACAUGUUACACGGCGAUGAGAAAGUCGAAGACGAAGAGGUCGAGGCGAGUCGUGCCGAAGAUGAAGACUUUAUCCUCAGACUUCCGCCGAUGAUACAGGGUUUUCGAAUGUCUGACAAAUGCUGGGUGAACCUUCGAGUCGACGACAUCAAACCGGUCGUCUGGAACAAGCAGGCUUUCAAAGAUCUGGUCAUUGCAGAUGACGAUGACGGCGAUACGAAGCAGUUGAUCAGGGCGUUAGUCCAGAACAAGAUCCAGUCAGAUGAAGGAAUAGAUUUCGUUGAUGGGAAAGGUAAUGGGUUGGUUCUGUUGCUCCACGGGGCGCCUGAGAAGCCGCUUUAUCGAGUAACAUGUGGCGACGUAGGGACUAGCCCUGUGCAAGUCGAAGAGUAUCUCGAAUCAGUAUUUACUCUCGGUCGACGAUGGGGCUGUGUCGUCCUUCUUGACGAGGCAGACGUCUUCCUCGAAGAACGCUCACUCGACAACCUUGAGCGGAAUGCAUUGGUCUCGGUAUUCCUCCGUGCUGUUGAGUAUUACGAUGGCAUCCUCAUCCUGACAAGCAACCGCGUCGGCCAGUUCGACGAAGCUUUCAAGUCCCGUGUCCAACUCGCUCUGCCAUACCGACCAUUGACCGUCGCCCAACGAAUCGCAAUCUGGACCAACUUCAUCCACAAACUCCAAUCUGUAAAGGAAGCCAUGCACUUCGACGACAUAUUCCUACAAAUCGAGAUGCUGGCGAAAACUGAAAUGAAUGGGAGACAAAUUCGGAAUGCGAUCAACACUGCAAGACAGCUGGCACGAUUUCAGGGCAACCCUCUAAGUCUGAAGGACUUGAAGAGGGCGAUUAAUGUUAGUCAGAAGUUUGAUCGUUACAUUGAUGAGAUUCGUGAUGGGCAGACGGAGGAGGAGAUUGCAAGGCAGAAAGGGGACAGAUGA